GGUGCCAUGUAGAGCAAACGUGGCAGUUUUUUUGUAUGCCAACACACACUCUUCUGAAUUGCGGUUAGAUGAUUACCGUCUCAAAUCUCAGUCAGUCGCGCAAUAUUUCAAACGGUUGUGGUGCUAAAGUAAAUCUCUCUCCCAUGGCUCCCUGACUUCAGCUAUGCUAUGCGCUUACCGCCGAUGAGGAAUGUCUUUGCGAUACUGAAGCGUCGCCGCCACGCCACAUUGCUCACUUCAACUUUAUACCAUAAGAGUACCACAGGGACCAUAUUGCUAAAAGGCAUAUCCCUGAGAUUUCAGGAAGAUACUGUUUCUAGGAGGAAACCUGAGAAUUGGCCUCCGUAUUACUUCUUACCGCAGCAUUUGUAUUCCACAGGUUUCACCAGUGUACAUGGUGAAAGGCCAUCUGCAGAGUAUGCAAAGCUGAGGAAGGAGUCACUAGAAAGUGAAUUUGGGCAUGCUCUAGGAACUUAUGGCUCUAAAAGUUUUUCUGUUGUCUACCGUUUCAGUCCUUUUUUAGCUUUGUAUAGAGCAGCAAUCAUUUCAUUCCAUGUUUUGAAAUUAACCAUCUGGCAGAUUUUUGUUCAAGAUGUUAAAAAACGUGCCAUCAAGUUUCGGGAAACUCUUAUCCGCUUGGGACCUUUCUAUAUCAAGCUUGGGCAGGCUCUCAGUACUAGGCCAGAUGUCUUACCAACUGUAUAUUGCCAAGAGCUUGCAAAGUUACAGGAUCAAAUACCUCCAUUUUCAACUCAUGUUGCAAUUAAAUCAAUUGAAACCCAGUUAGGUCUUCCCAUUUCACAGAUUUUUGCGGACAUUAGUCCUGCGCCCAUUGCAGCAGCAUCCUUAGGGCAGGUCUAUAAAGCUCAUCUGCACACUGGAGAGCUGGUAGCUGUUAAAGUACAAAGGCCUGGUAUGUCGCUUUCACUGACCCUUGAUGCCUUGUUAUUCCAUAUGAUUGGGGGUCAAUUGAAGCGAUUUGCCAAGGCCCGUAAAGAUCUUUUAGUAGCAGUGAAUGAGAUGGUAAGACACAUGUUUGAUGAAAUUGACUACAUCCUAGAGGCAAAAAAUGCUGAGCGUUUUGCUUCUUUAUAUGGUUUUCACGAAUGUGGUAGUCAAAAAAGUUAUCAAAAAGGUACAGCGGGGAAAACUGUUAAAUAUAAAAAAGGGCAUCAUAUCAAAGUUCCAAAAAUAUACUGGGAUUUUACUCGAAGGGCUGUGCUUACAAUGGAAUGGGUAGAUGGAAUUAAGCUCACAGAUGAAAUUCGUUUAAGGGAGGCCUGUUUGAACAGAAGGGAACUAAUUGACCAGGGAUUGUAUUGUUCUUUGAGACAGUUGCUUGAGGUGGGAUUUUUUCAUGCGGACCCACAUCCAGGAAACCUUGUUGCCACUGACAGUGGCUUUCUUGCCUAUUUUGAUUUUGGAAUGAUGGGAGACAUUCCUCGACAUUUCCGUGUUGGACUUAUUCAAGUGCUUGUUCACUUUGUUAAUCGUGACGCACUGGGUUUGGCAAAUGAUUUUCUUUCUUUGGGAUUUCUACCUGAAGGGGUUGAUUUACAAUCAGUAUCAUUUGCAUUGCAAGCAUCCUUUGGUCACGGAACUAGACAUUCUCAAGAUUUUCAGGCAAUAAUGAACCAGUUGUAUGAUGUUAUGUAUGAAUUUAACUUUUCACUUCCUCCGGACUAUGCCCUUGUAAUAAGAGCAUUAGGAUCACUGGAAGGCACAGCAAAAGUUCUGGAUCCUGAUUUCAAAGUUGUUGAGAGUGCAUACCCUUUUGUCAUUGGAAGACUCUUGUCAGACCCAAAUCCUGAUAUGAGGAAAAUUUUGAGGGAGCUUCUCAUCUGUAACAAUGGAUCGAUAAGGUGGAAUCGGCUAGAGCGCCUGGUAGCAGCAAUUUCAGAACAGGCUUCUGAGUCUGCUGGGGAGACCUCUAAUGUGGAGGACAACACAGCCAAUCCUCAGGAAUGGAAAUCUUUUGACAUGCGAGCUGUUGUUUCUGCCACUGAAGAUCUAUUGCUAUUCAUUCUGUCAGAUAAGGGUCAGAGAGUCCGUGUUUUCCUUCUCCGGGAUAUAAUUAGCGCAUCUAAUGCUUUUAUUGAAAAUGAAGUUGUUAGUUGCAUGUUUAAUGAGAAGCUUGAAGAAAGAGAACAAGAGGGACAUGACAUGGUCCAGAGGGUUUUCAACGGUUUUCGGUCUCUCCUUCAAGCUGUAAAAUUGGCCCCAGAGGUGUGGACGGCAAUGCUUCUACGCAUGUCAUUGAGACCUGAGGUUCAUAGAUUUACUUUAGACAUCAUUUCAACCCUAGCCAUUCAUUUUAGGAGCAAAAUUCCUGAAUCUUUUUGGGUUUGUAUUUCAAAAUUUUUGCACAAGUUGAUGAAGUAAAUACACCCUUGUCAAAUAGUGACAUAACCGAUAUCAAAAAGUAACAUUUUGUCGGUGCCUAUUUUUGUUUUUCCCCUCAAGAUUUCAACGGUCUUAUUGUAUAUACUAUACUCAAAAUUAAGAGAGAAUUUCCUAGCAAUGUUGCGUUGGAAUGUGAUGGAAUUUUCUAUGUA